AUGACUUCAGAAACUGGAACCGCAAACUUCCCUCUUGAAUUUGUGACUCCAACCCCACUUCCUCCACUUCGUGCUCAACGUGGGCCAACUGCCUCGCGAUUCGAGGUAAAUGUGAAACGGAGUAUAUCCAAAAGCGAUGAUACCGACCGUGUUCGCGGUGGGGCCAACUGUGAAGUGUGUGGGCUGCACAUCCGCCGAAAUACCGACUUGCCGCGACAUAUGCUUGUCCACGCAACAGAUAAAGCCUCAUUAAUGUUUCGCUGCCCUGUUGAAGGUUGUUCCCACUCGACGCUCCAGAAGUCGAAUCUCCAGACGCAUAUCCGCACCCAUACCCGCGCCAAACCAUACAAAUGCUCUGAAUCUUUGCCCUCUGGCGAGCCUUGCGACUUUAGCACCGCAGAUCCGUCGUCUUUGCACCGGCAUCGGAAACGGAAGCACGGGUACUGCCCUAAACCACGAAAACGAGCAUCGGCAGCAAAGGAAUUGAGCAAACGGCCAAGAGAAAGAGCAAGCUCAAUUGCUAGUGUGGCGACAAUGGGGGUGGAUGCACAAGCUGACUCGACUGACAGCGACAUCGACAUGGAUGUGGAGUCGGAGGAAUCAUUUGGAGCAAAGCAAUCAAGAGUCGUCUCGGGCGUUCGUCUUUUGCAUGGAGAUUCAGAGUUGGAUGAAGCCUCGGAUGUUGAUGCAGAGGGCGAGGAAGAUGACGAACAUAAGGCUUCUGAAUCGGAAUUCAAUCUUAGCUUGCUUGCCAAUAUCUCGAGCACUAGGACUACAGCUUAA